UUUAUGUUUUCUAAAAAAAAAUUUGGAUUUUCUCAUACUUUCCGUUUUCGCCUUUAGGGAUUUUUCACAUUCGAGCGCAUCGCUGCACCCCUUCCUCUCUCUAUCUCCUCCAUUGAAGCAGUUUGUGAGCUUUCUCUUCUCCAUUGAAGCAAUCUUUGAGGCUUUGGUUUAUACAACCCUUCAAUGUCAGAACGAAGCCAUGAGAAGGGUCGAUCUUCGAGGAGAGAGAAACGAAGAUUUGAGGAUGAUGAAAGUAAUGGUAGGGUUAAGGAAGAAGAAUUUAAGGUGAUGAAAGACGAAGAAGGCGGCGAUUAUAGUAAUAGUGAUAGGAAGAGGGCUAGGAGAAGAUUCGAGGAUGAUGAAAGUAAUGGUAGGGUUAAGGAAGAAAAGGCUAAGGUGAUGAAAGACGAAGAAGGCGGUGGUGGCCACGAUGGCGGUGAUUACAGUAAUAAAGAUAGGAAGAGGGCUAGGAGGAGAUUUGAGGAUGGUGAAACUGUUGCUGAACCUAGUAACAGGAGUGGUUCCCGUCCGAAUGAUCGGGCUGAGGAAUCACUCAAUGUGUCAUCAAGAUUUGCAUCCGAAUCUUUCUCUGCUAAUAACCAUACUGCCACCAAGGUAUCUUCAAUUUCUACCACCAAUGAAAAUAAGGGAGUUAAUAUUACCGGAUCUCAUGAGGUUACUGGAAAAUCUAGUACAGAUGGGACACCUUCAACUGCUGGCAAGAGUGGCAAUUUUUUCCUUGAUGCUUUAGCAAAAGCUAAGAAAGCUUUACAGAUGCAUAAGCAUAAGAAAAUCGCUGAAAAAACGAAGAAGACUCCUUCGUCAAAUAAAGAAGAAAGUAAAUCCUCUAAUGCUGCUGGAAUUCAGCAGACACCACCUGACGUUCCUCCAGCUUCUUCUUCUGCUAAGACAGUUGGCAUGAUAGACCCUGCCAAGUAUGAAGCUGUGAAGCGUGCUCAGGAACUUGCUGCCAAGAUGGGUUUCCGCCAGGAUACAGAAUUUGCUCCUUUGAUUAAUUUGUUUCCUGGGAAGUUGCCACCUGAUGCUGCGGCACUUCAAAAACCUGCAAAGGCUCCCGUUCUUCGAUUGGAUGCUUUUGGUAGGGAAGUUGAUGAGCAUGGAAAUGUUGUCAACAUAUCUAAACCAAGCAGUCUUAGUACUCUUAAGGUUAACAUUAACAAGCAGAAAAAAGAUGCAUUCCAGAUUCACAAGCCAGAAUUGGAAGUUGAUCCAGAGAAGAAUCCUCAUUUCGACCCAAGGAUGGGUAUUGACAAAACCAAACUUCUCAGGCCCAAGAGAAUGAGUUUCCAGUUUGUUGAGGAAGGUAAAUGGUCUAAAGAUGCUGAAAUUAUCAAACUGAAGAGUCAAUUUGGAGAAGCCCAAGCCAAGGAGCAUAAGGCUAAGCAGGCACAGCUGGCUAAGGCAAAGGCAGAGCCGAACAUUAAUCCAAAUUUGAUUGAAGUUUCAGAAAGAGUUAUCACAAAAGAGAAGCCAAAGGAGUCAAUUCCAGAAGUUGAAUGGUGGGAUGUGCCUCUUCUGCGUUCUGGUGAUUAUGCUGAUAUUGCUGAUGGUAGCACCAUUGAAGAUAGAGUAAAGAUGGAGAAGAUCACGAUGUAUGUGGAGCACCCCCGUCCUAUUGAGCCUCCUGCAGAGCCAGCCCCUCCUCAACCUCAACCGCUGAAACUUACUAAGAAGGAACAGAAGAAACUCCGUACACAGCGUCGCUUGGCCAAGGAGAAGGAAAGGCAGGAGAUGAUUAGGCAAGGUUUAAUUGAGCCCCCCAAACCUAAAGUUAAAAUGAGUAACCUCAUGAAGGUGUUGGGUUCUGAGGCAACUCAAGACCCCACAAAAUUGGAGAUGGAAAUUCGAACUGCAGCAGCUGAGCGUGAGCAGGCCCAUGUGGACAGGAACAUUGCUCGCAAACUCACGCCUGCUGAGCGGCGUGAAAAGAAAGAAAGGAAGCUGUUUGAUGAUCCAAAUACCUUGGAAACUAUCGUAUCAGUUUAUAAGAUCAAUGACCUUUCACACCCAAAAAAUCGGUUUAAAGUUGACAUUAAUGCACAAGAGAAUCGUUUAACUGGUUGCGCUGUCAUUUCUGAGGGUUUUAGUGUUGUGGUCGUUGAAGGUGGAAGCAAAUCCAUUCAGAGGUAUGGGAAGCUGAUGCUUCGGCGGAUAGAUUGGGCUGCCAAGCUGGAAAAUGAGGAUGAAGAGGAAGAUGAUGAUGAGGAAAAACCACCAAAUAAAUGUGUUCUCGUGUGGCAAGGAAGUGUGGCAAAACCUUGUUUUAAUCGGUUCUUCAUUUAUGAUUGCAGAACUGAGGCUGCUGCCCGCAAAGUUUUUUUUGAUGCUGGUGUUGGCCACUACUGGGAGUUGGCUGCAAACUUUGUGGAUGACCAGAUAUGAAGUUCUCACUGUUUGUACCUGCUAGUCAAGCUACAGAAAUAUUUCUGCUUUCUACUGAUAAUGAAUUUUUGGUAAUGGUUGUGUAAUUAAAAUUGCCGACUUCUGAGGACAUACUGUGGAAUGGAAGGAAAUACUACUAUUAGAUACAUAAAGUUGCACAACCUCAACAAUCUUUCUUCUCUUUCCGGGGCAGUAGUUUUUAUUGGGUCUGUCUGUAGUGAACAAGGAUGAGUGCUUCAAUGGUGAUAGUAUGAAAUUAAACUAAUCUCCUUUUGCGGCAAAAUAUUAGCGUGACCUGAUCAAGUUAGCGCUUUGAGAACGAGAGAUCAAGUCUUAAAGUAAAAAGUUAUCAUUGGACCAAACUUCUACUGAUAUACAAGCCAGAGAUCUUUGUUCCUAAUCCUUUGGCCAUAUACUCAGCAGUAGCUUGUCUGAUUUUCCUGGAAGUUACAGCUCCGAGAUCUUUGAUGUGCCUAGCUAAGAUUGUUAGUCUUUAUUAAAUUAUACUGUUUUGAUUCUUUACCAUUUGAGUUUGUAGUUUGUCUGUCUCUUGUUACUAGUAUAUUUUAAUGAGUAACUUGUGAUCUUUCUUGCCAAACUGUCAUUUCUUAAGACCGCGUUGUUGACAUCUCGAUUGAAAGGCAUUGCUCCCUCUUCUUGAAAGGGAUUGACCGGAGUACACGAGCACAUAACUUUCUCUUUCA